AUUGCUGGACGCACCCACACCGCAACCCCACAAGCACCAAAGGCCUCCCGUUCCAUCUUCCCCUCUCCCCGGUCAAAUCUCAAAUCCCCUGCUCUCUCUCGCAUAGUGUCCCCCCAACGGCGGCGAGCCCAUGGAUCCGUCUCCGUCCGAAGCGGCGCGGCGCUCCGCCGAGCGGUGGAUGGGCGUGGCGGAGAAGCUCCUGAUGGCGCGCGACGUCGAGGGCUGCAAGCAGUUCGUCUCGCAGGCCCUCGCCGACGACCCGCGCGCCCCCGGCGCCGACGACCUGGCCGCCGCCGCCGACGUCCUCCUCGCCGCCCAGCGCCGGCGCCUUCCCUCCGGAUUCCCCGACCCUUACGCCGUCCUCGGCCUCGACUCCGCGCUCCCCGCCUCCCGCGACCCCGACGUCGUCCACUCCCACUACCGCCGCCUCUCCUUGCUCCUCAACCGCUCCCACCCCGACCGCCCCUGCUCGCUCGCCUUCUCCGACGCCGCCCGCCUCGUCGCCGACGCCUGGGCCUUUCUCUCGGAUCCUCUCCGCAAAGCCUCCCUCGACUCCGACAUCAAUGCCGCCGCUAACGCGGCUGCAGCCGCGAAAGCCGCUGCCGCUCGCCCGCCCACGCCCUCUCCAGAGAAGCCGCAGCCUCAGUCGGAUCCACCACCGCCUCCACAAGCAGCCUCGUCACCGCCUGCUCGCCAGCCACGGCAGCCGGCUACGGCAUCGCCGCCGUCAAAGCGCGGUCGGCCGCCUCGCGCCGCCAAGCCACAGCCGCCGCCGGAGAGGGAGCAGGAGGCGGAGCCGCCGCAUGCGCGGACAUUCUGGACGGCCUGCCCGUCCUGCUGCCACGUGCACCAGUACGACCACUCCUACGAGGGACGCACGGUGCUUUGCCCAAGCUGCAGGCGGCCGUUCUUUGCGGCGGCAAUGCCUACACCGCCGCCCAUCGUGCCAGGCACCGACAUGUACUUUUGCUCAUGGGGGUUCUUCCCCAUGGGGUUCCCCGGAGGCCCUGCGUUCCCAGGACCAGUCAAUUCCCCGACACAGCAGGCGCCAGCCGCUCUGGGAUUUUAUCCAAUGGGGCCAUACUUGCCGCUACCAGGUCAAGGUGGCGUUGUGGAAGCCAAUGUGGCUGGUGGCGCCAGCAAUGGCACUGCCACCAGUGCCACAGUGACAGCGCCACUGCCGGCAACAGCAGCAUCAUUGCCAGUAAAAUCCACGGAUUUAAAGGUUGGGGCAAGGAAGCGAGGGCGGCCGAAAGGCAGCAAGAACAAGAAUGCGGUGAUUGAGAUCAAUUAGAAUUAGGACCUCCACAACGAUGGGGUGUGGAAUUUGGUUCAUUGACAACGCGACUGGACAGUGGCCACCGUCAUGGCAUUAUCUGUUGUAAACUAAUGGUCAUUGGAGCCUCUAGUUUGCCGAUGAUGGGAGCGCAAUGAGGUACUGGAGGAUUGGGAGUUCUCCACACACAUCAAUUUUGGUGAUGAAUAAUUUUCCUUCCUCCCUCAGGAAAGUUUAGCAUAGUUGUUCUGUUGAGCCCUGUAGAUUUCUUUGCAUUGUCGAUUAGAUUGUAAAUGUUGUUUGCUGUCUAGACUCUAGAUGCACGACAUGCCCCUGCAAAAGCCAGAAAUGCUGUUGUAACUUGUAAGAUUAUCAAAUGGAUAAUCCCCUUGUGAAAUUUACAUCAGAAAUAUCAGCUGUUCUAGGCUUUGUACUAUAUCUCAUUGCAGAGUGUACAUUUGGAAUGAAAUUAAGUAAUUAACUCAA